AUGGAUGUAUUCAAAGUAGAUUUGGAACAGUCGCAAAUCCAUUCGAGUCUCGUUGAAAGCAACAACAACACGAAUACAAGUAGUCAAUCCCAUAAUCUAUAUACGCCCGGCUCAGCCGGUGACGCAGACAUCGUCGAAUUGCAUCACACCACCCACCAACAUCAACACCAACACCAACACCAACUCCAACAACAGCACCAUAUCGACCAACAGAAUCAUCAGUCGUUUAGUGACAUUAAUGGUAACGACGAUUGCGACGACGAAGACGAUCCACUGCCCGAAGUGAGCUUUGACGCCAAUUCUGAUUUCAAUUUGCACUUCUUCGACACGCCUGACGAUUCAUCGACGCAGGGUGCAUUCAGCGACGCUGGUUCGCUUGAAUCCGAUGCUUAUGCCACUAGCUCCCCACCAACUCCGCCGUUACAAUCACACUCCACCACCAAAGUAGAAGAAAUAGCUGCAGACAUCGCAGCUGUGGCAGUAGCGUCAAAAGCGCAAUUAAUCGUUGGAAAUAGUACAAUAACUUCUCAUCCCAUCGCAAAUGCUAAAGUUAACGAUUCACUAAAACUAUUGGCAGACGAUUGUACGUCCUUUUAUCAGCAUCAUUCAUCGUCUAAAGUGCUCAACGGUAGCAACACAUCACUCGCUGUCUCCACUAAUUGCGGCGCUUAUAUUGGCUCAGCUAGCGCAACACAAUCAAUCACAAACGGUGGCAUAUCUUGCAAUAGUGCCACCAGCAAUUGCCCUUCGUCCACUUCCUCAACACCCGCCUCAUCAGUCUCAUCUGCUGCUUCCACAUCUCCGAUAGCAACGAGCAACGGUAGCAGCAGUGUAGCAGCUACAGUCGCACACAUUAUCGCGCUCGGCAAUGGUGGAGGUACACUGUACGCCAACAGCAGUCUCCAUUCAUUCUGUCAAUCGCAUUCGUCGUCCUCAUCCGGCUGCUCUUCAAAUUCUUCGGCCGGCAGCAGCUGCAGCCACAACGGCAACACCACAACUGGACAACACAUUGGACGUAGUAACGGAUCCACAGUAUCAACGUUGGUUGCUGAGCAUUGUCUUGGGGACCGCCAUCAUUCAGCAGCAGCAGCAGCAACAGCAACAGCAACAGCGUCAGUCUCAGCAAACGCGUGCGCCGCAGCCACCAACGCUACAUUGGCUAAUGUAAAAUUAUCGCACGAUCAGCAAUUUGCCAUAGCGGACUCCAAUUCCAACAGCGUUACGAAAUCAUUUGUGCCGUGCAAAGUUUGUGGCGACAAGGCGUCCGGCUACCAUUAUGGUGUAACCUCAUGCGAGGGUUGUAAGGGUUUCUUUCGCCGCAGCAUACAAAAACAAAUCGAAUAUCGUUGCCUGCGUGAUGGUAAAUGUCUGGUGAUACGUUUGAAUCGAAAUCGUUGCCAGUAUUGUCGCUUCAAGAAAUGCCUGUCGGCGGGCAUGAGUCGAGACUCUGUUCGUUAUGGUCGCGUACCGAAGCGUUCACGUGAGCUAAAUGGCACACCUUCGUCUACGGAUGAUCCGAAUGUCAUUGUGCGUGUGAGUACACCGAAUACACCGCAAACGCCACAAAUGUGUUCAGUCGCCUCGUCACCCUCGGAAUUGGGCUGUACGGGCCAAAGUAGUGUCGCUAACACAGCCAACACACCCGGACCGGGUGGCGUUGGUGGUAUGGGUGUGGGUGUUAAUAUGAGUGUCAGUGUUGGUGCCGGCGGUGCUGGCAGUAUGAUGGGACAAUGCGGCAAUGUUAACGUUAAUGUCAGCGGUAUGAAUGUAGUUGGUGGCGGUGGAAAUAUGAGCAUUACGAAUGCUGAUAAUAGCGGUUGUGGUGUUGUCGAUAUGCAAGGAACAACCGCUGAACUGACCGUUUAUGAUGUGAUUAUGUGCGUCUCACAGGCGCAUCGUAUGCACUGCUCAUAUACGGAGGAGCAGACACGCGAACUGAUGCGGCGACCAGUGGCGGUGCCGCAAAAUGGAAUUGCCACUUCAGUAUCGGAAACAAUGGAAUUUCAGAAGAUUUGGCUGUGGCAACAGUAUGCGGCGCGCGUUACACCCGGCGUUCAACGCAUCGUCGAAUUCGCGAAACGUGUGCCCGGCUUCUGUGAUUUCACACAAGACGACCAGCUGAUACUCAUCAAAUUGGGCUUCUUCGAGGUGUGGCUCAGCCAUGUGGCACGCAUGAUAAAUGACGCAACAUUGACAUUCGAUGAUGGCACUUAUCUGACACGACAACAACUCGAAAUUCUCUAUGAUAAUGACUUCGUCAUCUCGCUGGUGAAUUUCGCCAACACUCUCAACAGUUACGGCCUAAGCGAUACCGAAAUUGGCCUCUUCUCUGCCAUGGUAUUGCUCGCCUCCGAUCGCUCCGGCCUCGCUGAACCGAAAGUGAUUUCAAGAUCGCGCGAACGCGUAGCCGAAGCGUUACGUGUCCAAUUGGUGCGUUCACGUGCCGGUUCCACACAAGCGCUACAACUCAUGCCGGCACUGGAGGCUAAAAUACCCGAAUUGCGUUCGUUGGGCGCCAAACAUUUUUCACAUUUAGACUGGCUGCGAAUGAAUUGGACUAAACUGCGAUUGCCACCACUGUUUGCGGAAAUUUUCGACAUACCCAAAACAGAAGAUGAUCUGUGAAGGAAUCAACAACGGCGAUGCGAUGCAGCGUAAGCGCGAAACAUUACUCAAAGAGUGGAAAAUGCAUUGGAAGGGGAAAGAAGUGCCGCAAAAGACGAUAGAGUGUGGAAACUGGGAAAUGAGUUAAGUUAAGCGACGUAGGGUAGAGGAGAAGAGGGAGGGGAACUUUCGUGUGGCAACUGUGCAAAAUGUGAAAGUCUUAAACAGGCAACCAGUGAGCAAGCAAAGAUUUUUUGAAUCUACAUUAUAAAAAAAAACCUAAACAAAAUAUACCGUAUGUUUUCUAAACUUAGCGUGAGUAGUUUGUAAGCAAAAAUUAAAAAGAAAAACAAAACUUUAACUAAUUUAUAUAGCAGAAAUUUGGAGGAAAUUUAAGUGAAAAAUUUUAGUUUUGAUUUUAUAUUCUCUAAGUGAUCGUGGAGCGAUUACAAACGUUUGUAGUUAGAGUGCUGAGUUUUUUUUUUCUUUUUGAGCUAUAAAAUUUAUUUUCUAGAAACUCUAAUAAAUGUGUUUAUGGAAACUAGAUACCAGUUUUAACUAAGCAUACUUACAAGCAUAUGUAAUUUUAAUGAAGUGAAAAAAUACAUACAUACAUAAAUAUAUAAAUAUCAUGUGAUCAUGCCACAGACAGAUGUAACAUUGCAAUAUCAGAAAGUGAAAUCUUGAUAACACAUAAAUGUAGUAGUACUUUUAGGCAAAAUAAAAAAUUUAAACAUAUAUAAAUUCAGCGCUAGAAAUGGCAUAAAAUUCAAAAUUAUAACAUAUUGGUGAAUAAUUACAUGCAUACAUAUACGUAUGUAUGUAUGUGCAUUAAAAUUAACGGUAUCAUUAUAAAAUGUGGCACAAAAAACUAUAAAUCUACUAAACACAAACGCCACGCCCUAAACCAAUCAAAUUUACGCGUUCUAAGCAAUGCCACAACACUGCAAAUACACUGAGAAAAAUCAUUUUAACGAAUGUUAUGCAAUAUUUUGAUUUUAACAAACUACAUACAUACAUAAUUAAGCCUAAAGUAGCAAUUUAAAUGGAUGAAAUUACAAAUAUUUACAUACACACAUAUAGCAUAUACGAAGUAAUUAUAAAAAAUUUGUUAUUUGCUAAAAACUUUUAUGAGCCAAGGAAAUUUACUUUCAGUUUUUUUAAGCAACAGUAAUAUGUUUUCUUUUUUUAAGAACUUGCUUAGCAGCCAAUUUUACGCUAACAAAAUAAUAAAAUUUUAUGUGGCAUUAAUCAGCGAUUCAAAAAUUUAAUAAAGAAAAAAUCAUGGAAAACUGAAAUUAUUAGCGAAUAGUGAAAAAAGUUACAUCUCUAAAUCUCAAUUGUUAAAAAUGUUACACUUAAGUUAAAAGCAUACAUACAUACAUAUACGAUAUAUGGUAUAGUAAUAAUAAUAAUAAACAUACAUAAGUACAUAUUAGUAUCCAUAGUAACCAUCUCCACUCCAAUUGAAAAAAAAAAUCGUAUCGAACAAAAUAAAAUAGAAAUUAUGUAAAUGUAAAUAAGAAUACCAAUAGGAAGUCUAUAAAAUAUGAUUUAUAUAUUUAAAUUUUGCUUUACAAAAUUCUAUAAACUAACACCGAAAUAAAAUUUAGCUAUCCAAAUAAAAAAAAAAUGGUUGACUUGCAUAUAACACUUACGCUAAACAAAAGCGUCUUACAAA